CCCGUCUAAGCACUCGGAUCCUCUGCCGCCGCGAUGAGCUACUACGGCCAGCAGCAGCCGCCCGUCAGCGCGCCGCCGGCGCAAGGUUAUCCCGGGAAGGACGCGUACCCGCCGCCGGGCUACCCGCCCGCGGGAUAUCCUCCGCCGGCGCAGGGCUACCCCCCGCAGGGCUACCCGCCGCAGGGCUACCCUCCGCAGCAGGGGUAUCCGCAGCAGGGAUACCCGCCGCAGUACUCGCAGCCGCCGCCGCCGCCCCGCCAGCAGCAGAGCAGCGGGCCCUCUUUCAUGGAGGGAUGCUUGGCCGCCCUUUGUUGCUGCUGCCUAUUGGAAGCCUGCUUCUGAGAUCUAAGCUGCGCACAACUUGUUCUACAAACACCACUUCAAUUUGCACGGUUGAUAUAACUGGGGAUUGGCUUGUUAGCGAAGAACCGAAGAUACCAUGGGUUCUUAUGCAAAUCACAGUUCUCCUAGUUCUUUCUAUCGUUCUGAUUGUCCGUUGCGAUGUUUGGUGUACCUAGUAGUAUCUUAAUUAUAUACCUUACACUGUUUACCUUUCCAAUGGAAUUCUUGGUCUAGCUAACAUUGUGAGAUUAUGUCACUUUUCUCGUUCUCUGU